UAAAGAAGAACGCGUUCUCCACGCGGCAGGACGCUGAUCUUUAACCAUACGGAGCUGCUGGAGCUUCAUUAAGCAAGCAAUGAGUCUCUCCGAGAGUUCAGUCAAAGCCAGCGACCCACCAGCGCUUCAGCCUGAUGUGUCUCGGCUGAAGAUCGGGUUCAUCGGAGCCGGGAACAUGGCGUUUGGUAUAGCGCAGGGCAUCAUCGCGUCAGAGAAGGUUCCACCAAGUAAUAUAACUAUUAGCGCUCCUUCCAUGAACAACCUUCCUCGCUUUCAGGAGAGAGGCGUUUCGGUCACUCACUCGAAUGCCGAGGUGGUUGAUCGUUCUCGGUUGGUCUUCUUGGCUGUCAAACCUCACCUCGUCCCAACGGUCCUGAACGGCAUCUCCGGGAAUGUCACUAAGGAACAUGUCAUCGUUUCCAUGGCAGCCGGCGUCACCCUAGAAACACUUGAGGAGCUCUUGCCUGCUGGGACGCGUGUGAUUCGUAUAAUGCCGAAUCUUCCCUGCAUGCUCCUGGAAGGGGCUCUGCUCCUCGCCUGUGGCUCGGGGGCGGGACAGCGGGAGGAGACUCUGCUGAAGACCCUGCUCGGCCCCUGCGGAUUGGUGGAGGCGGGGCCCGAACCCUGGAUCGACGCCCACGUGGGAUUGAGUGGCAGCGGCGUCGCAUUCGUGUAUGUGUUUGCGGAGGCUCUGGCGGAUGGUGCUGUUAAAAUGGGGAUGCCCAGCGCUCUGGCUCGACGUAUCGCAGCACAGACGAUACUGGGCGCUGGCGUGUUACUGCGUGAUUCCGGAAAGUUUCCGGCCGAGCUGAAGGCCGAAGUCUGCACGCCGGGAGGAACCACGAUUCACGGCAUCCACGCGCUGGAGAAGGGAGGCUUCAGAGCGGCUGCGAUGGGUGCCGUGGAGGCGGCGACCGAAAGAGCCAGAGAACUCGGAAAGAAGUAGAGCGGGAAUCACUUUUAGAGACGAUAUGAUGCCUAAAUGGAGUAACAGGAAGGGGGGGAUUAAUUUAACACGUUGAAAUCUUACUUUAUGCUCUGAGCAGUCAGUGGCCCUGAAUGUUGAAUACCGAGGCCUUGGAUACAAAGGUGCUUCUUAAAAUACAACUGAAGGGAUUACUUGUGUGUUUUGAUGAAACGGUAUACGUGCAGGCAGUAAAACUCGUGUUAGCGAGUUAUUCGUCUGUUGCAUGAUUUUCACAGUACUUGACAAACCACAGGGAUCCAAAAACCAAAGCAUCUCUGAAACGGGGACCUUUUUAAGCGCUUUAUUUUGCUUUGCUUUGUUCACGCGGCUUUCAAGAAUGUGGGGGGAAAAAAACAUUACGUUUAAAAUAAAUUAAUCUCUAAGAAAUUCUGGCUUUUGCUAACUAUCCCUUUAAAGCCUGGUUUAAUGGCACAGUGCAUGCUGCAAUAAUAAAAACAUUAAAAAAAAAACUAAAGUGCAUUGGUGUUUUUUGAACCCUUAAUGCCCGUGCUUCGAGAUUCUAACUUAAACUACUAAAAUAAAAGAUGUGAUGGAUUAAAGUUAGCAUUUCAAGAAGUUAUUGUAGAAUAAUAAGAUAUUUCUAUCUUUCAAGGCCUUUUCAGCACCAGUAGCAUGCAUUUCUCAAAAUUGCAAAAGGAUAAAAAAAGUAGGUUGGUUGGUUUGUGUGUGUGUUAUACUGUAUGUAUAUAAAACAUCAGACCAAAUGUUUGUGAAUGUAAAACUUUGUAUAUGAAUAAUGUAGCUACAAAAUUAAUUUACACCGUUCGUAUAAAACGUGUCUUCAAUAAAGCAAUUGCAGUUUAAUUCUGAAA